GAUGGCAGCGUCACGUGUCGCAGCGCCACAUCCUGCCGUAAAGCGUUCCGCAGAAGAAGAAGGAGGAGGACAGAGUUUAACUUUACUUUUGUUGUUGUUACGUCUGAAUCAUCGGUUCUUCGGUGGAUUCCUUCGUGUCCCGGUGUUAACGGAGAGUUCGACGGCAGCAGAAGACGUCCAGUUACCUGACAGCGCCGUGAGGAAUGAUCUGGAGCAGUGCGAGGUUGUGGCGGCCUCAUCAGUAGCUGUCACCACGGCGGGGGACCUCCGGACCUCCGUCUGCAGGGUGGUCAUCUACCUCCAGAGGGACAUGUCCGGGGACAGCUGCCUGCCCCAGCGUCAAACCCACACCCACUCCCUACACUCCGCCUCCUCGGCCUCCCCUCUGGCCUGUCCCAAGACCAAGACCGCCAGUUACCGAGGAGCGGUGGGCCUGGGCAACAAGUAUGUCCGCAUCAACGUUGGCGGGAGUCUGUUUUACACCACGCUGCAGGUGAUGACCAAGCAGGACUCCAUGCUGAAGGCCAUGUUCAGCGGGAAGAAGGAGGUGUUCACUGAUAAAGAAGGUUGGAUCCUGAUCGACCGCUGCGGGAAACACUUUGGCAACAUCCUGUGCUUCCUACGCGACGGCACAGUCGCCUUGCCCAAAGGUCGUCAGGCCGUCCAGGAGGUGCUCGCCGAGGCGAAGUAUUACGACGUCCAGGGCCUGGUGGAGCUUUGUCAGAACACCCUGCAGGGUAAUAAAGAGCUGCCCAUGUGUGUCAUACCUGUGAUCACCUCCAGUAAAGAGGAGGAGAAGCUCAUCCAGUCCUCCACCAAGCCUGUGGUGAAGCUGGUGUACAACAGAAGCAAUAACAAAUACUCCUACACCAGCAACUCUGACGACCACCUGUUGAAGAACAUCGAGCUGUUCGACCGGCUGUCUCUGAGCUUCAACGGCCGCGUCCUCUUCAUCAAGGACGUGAUCGGAGACGAGAUCUGCUGCUGGUCCUUCUACGGUCAGGGUCGCAAGCUGGCCGAGGUCUGCUGCACCUCCAUCUUCUACGCCACGGAGAAGAAGCAGACCAAGGUUGAGUUCCCCGAGGCUCGCAUCUACGAGGAGACCCUGAACACCUUUCUCUACGAGACGAUGCCGCCGCCCGACAACCUGCUGCUGGAGGCCACGCGUCGCAGCUACAACAACUGCGGCUCCCACAGCGAGGAGGAGGAGGGGCCCAGCGGGGGGGCCGAGAUCCGCGAGCGAGUCCGCCGAAUCCACGUGAAGAGGUACAGCACGUACGACGACCGGCAGCUGGGACACUGAGACUGAGGACCACGACAAAAGAAACGCCGGACAGAUUUGAUGAUGGAACAUUCUCACGUAGAAUCUGUAGACUCGUCUCUCUCUUUGAAUAGUUUCCUUCUUCACCACUAUCUAUCAGAAGACCAAACUGAGGCCUUCUGUACUUUUUCUACUCUGGAUGGUUUUGGUGUCGUCCGCUCUGUCCAUCAUAAUUUAUGAAUCAUUAUCAGAGCGACUACUUCAAAUAACCAGAGAUGUUUUUUUGAUAAAAUGUAGAUUAUUAGUGGAGGAAAAGAAUCACUGAUAUGCACUAUUUCUUAGAAGAAAUACUGUUACGAUCAUAGCACUUAUACUCUGAAUAAACAGCAGAGAAUGUUUCAUAUUUAUAGAUUGUAUUGUUUCAUAUCCACACACACCAACAGGCCUUUUGUUUGCCAAAGAUGAACCAGAACUAGUGUGACGCUGACAUGUUUUAAUGCAGUUUACCAUAAUGCCUUUUUUUUCCAGCUGUGAAGAUAAAAGUUCUUGUUAUUCAACGACUUCUUUUUGUCUUUGUUAUGUUUUUACUAGAAGGUAUAGUUAGAAAAGUCUACAGUUUGAAGGCUGUCAGGUGACAAAAAGCCUAAAAGUCUCUCACAUCCACUUAAAUGUUGUAGCUAUUGUUGGCUUACUUAAUAAAAAAAUAAAAUGAUGUCAAAGAACAACUUCUGCCUUUUUGGCAAAAAAAAAAGGAGGCUACACGUGUUAUAAAUUUAACUAUUCACAUUUUUUACAACCUCUCCUCUCUGCUCUGUGUUCAGCAGUCUGCAGUUCAGUCAAAGUUUUACGGAAUUGUUGUCACAUGACUGUUGGUCUCAGAUGAAUCAAUCAUGGCUUCAUGGUUGAAUUGAGGAGCUCAGAAUUUAAUGUUUUUUACAGAAUCUGGUUAAAACAAACGGUUUAUUUGGGGCGAGAUUUUAAAUGAGACAAGUAGAAUCAAAUAUUGCUUUUUAUGGUGGACACUUUUUUAAUACCCAGGUAUUUUACACAAAGGUUGGAAAAUGUUUUUGGUCAAU